AUGAACACGAACGUUCUCCUGUUAAUUCUUUUGAGGUUAUUAGGCGAAGGAGUGACCGGUCAAAUUAGUGACCCAUAUGUAGGUGUAGAUAUAUUCGACCUCACGCACCCAGUUGUGUGGAAAGAUAUGGUGAACAUUUAUGAAGAGAUUAAUGAAACGCAACUUAAACAAUGGCAGGUCUGCUUCAACUGCGGUUUCCCCGAAAUGGGCACUGCCAUUCACUAUCAAUACUACGGCUGGAAUGCCUUGAAGCCAGCAGCCAUACCAGUUCAAAACUUGCUGACUAGGCUCAUAGUCAUAGACAUAAGCUCCAUCACGAAAAGCGAUCCAAAUCUCGUGCUUACUCUGGACGACGCUCGCCGCUGGCUCACCGUGGAACACGGACCAACAAGACCCACGCUUCUGUUGUUCAAGUUCGGAUGGGCGGAUCACCCGUCGUACGGUCUGAAUUACAAAUGUUUCUGCGAGAUGCCUGGAAUCAGCUUCGAUCUAGCGGCGUGGAUAGCCGUGAACCUGAGCCACGUGGUGGGUGUAGCCACGGACGUACCCAGUCUGGAGUCCGAGGAGACACGGAACGUGACAGCUAAAACUGUGUCGGGUCUGUUUGGCAAAAGUGGCGUUUACAUGAUUGAAAAUGUGGAUGCGCGGAGGAACUUACCAGAAACGGGAUGCAUGGCGUUGGUUUCGCCCACGAAACUCGUGGACGGGAACUUCGUGCCGACUCGAUUUACCGCCUUCUGCCCGCGGCGCACCCAAGAUAAGGUGGAAAUAAUCAUGGCUCCUCGACCUAAUUAA